ACAGUUUCCCAGAAAGCUUUGCGAAUGUACGUAUUUAAUCUGCGACCAGCGGUACAUCUGCGCCGCACAACCGGGUUGCAAACACUCAAGAAAACAGAGGGACAAAUCAUUUUGUAUUUCUAUUCAAAGCGACUGAAACCUGCAUUGGACGUCUUUAAUUUUUUCUUAAACCAGUAGGACUCUAAAACCCUGAGAUGUCUCUGGCAGAUGAGCUCCUGGCUGAUCUGGAGGAGGCCGGAGAUGAGGGAGAGGAUGGACUGUACCCAGAAGAAGAGAGGGACAGCGAUGGAGAGCCGAACCAGGGAAGUGCAGACGGAGGGCUGGAAGACAUCCCAGAGGAGAUGGAGGUGGACUACAGUAAAGCUGAGAGCGUUGCGUCUAUUGCAAAGCUUCGCAAUAGCAAACAGUUUUCAGAGAUAAUAGACAAAAUUUCUGAAUAUAUUGGGAAGCAGCGUAAGAACUCAGAGGUCUCAGGCCCAGUCGAGGCCGACCCAGAAUACAGACUGAUAGUCGCAGCUAAUAACCUCACAGUGGAGAUCGACAACGAGCUCAAUAUCAUCCACAAGUUUACCAGGGACAAAUACUCCAAGAGGUUUCCAGAGCUGGAGUCUCUGGUGCCGGAUUCUUUGGAUUACAUCCGUACUGUCAAGGAGCUGGGAAACAAUCUGGAGAAAUGCAAAAACAAUGAGACGCUGCAGCAAAUCCUUACCAACGCCACCAUUAUGGUUGUCAGUGUCACAGCCUCAACCACACAGGGGUCGUUGCUGAGUGAGGAUGAACUGAAGCAGCUGGAAGAGGCGUGCGACAUGGCCCUGGAGCUGAACCAGUCUAAACACAGGAUUUAUGAAUAUGUAGAAUCCAGAAUGUCCUUCAUUGCUCCAAACCUGUCCAUCAUUGUUGGAGCAUCAACAGCAGCAAAGAUCAUGGGUAUCGCCGGAGGCCUCACUAACCUGUCAAAGAUGCCAGCCUGUAACCUGAUGCUGCUGGGAGCGCAGAGGAGAACCCUCUCUGGCUUCAGCAGCACCUCUCUGCUCCCUCACACCGGCUUCAUCUAUCACUGCGAUGUUGUGCAGUCAUUGCCACCUGAUCUCAGGAGGAAGGCAGCUCGUCUGGUGGCUUCAAAAUGCACUCUGGCCUCAAGAGUGGACAGUUUCCACGAGAGUUCAGAUGGCAAGGUUGGCUAUGAUCUAAAAGAAGAAAUAGAAAGGAAGUUUGAUAAAUGGCAGGAGCCUCCACCCGUGAAGCAAGUCAAACCACUGCCAGCCCCGCUGGAUGGACAGAGGAAGAAGAGAGGAGGAAGGAGGUACCGAAAGAUGAAAGAGCGUCUCGGGCUGACUGAGAUCAGAAAACAUGCCAACAGGAUGACCUUUGCAGAGAUUGAAGAUGAUGCGUAUCAGGAGGAUCUGGGCUUCAGUCUGGGUCAGCUGGGGAAGAGCGGCAGCGGCAGAGUCAGGCAGGCUCAGGUCAACGAGGCCACCAAAGCCAGGAUCUCCAAAUCCCUGCAGAGGACGUUGCAGAAGCAGAGCAUGACAUAUGGAGGAAAGUCCACAGUCAGAGAUCGUUCUUCAGGAACCAGCUCCAGCGUAGCAUUCACACCUCUCCAGGGGCUGGAGAUCGUGAACCCGCAGGCUGCAGAGAAGAAGGUGGCUGAAGCUAACCAGAAAUAUUUCUCUAACAUGGCAGAGUUCCUCAAAGUCAAGAAGGAAGCUAAGAUGUGAAGACAUACGGACGCCCUGCACACGGACAGUUGCACAGUUGUGAAAGUAUAUUUUAAAAUUUGGCUCACCUCGUGUUAUUUUUUAUUUUUAU